UCUUUCUCCCAAGCAAUUCUAUCUGGGUUAUCCCCGUAUUAUCAUGCAAAACAUAUCCAUAUUGAUCAUUUUUGUAAGAGAAUAAUUCUAUAAAAGCCAAACCCAGAUAAACUAGUGAAAAAUCGCCUGCUUUCGUCUGCAUUCGGGCUUUUGUCUGGAGGUGGACAGCAUUCUUUGGCCGCGGACCCUCAGAAUCGUCCUGGAUCCUUGCAGGGCAGAGCGUAGUGCAGUCUGUCACAGUUGCCCAAUCUUGCUGUGACUUGGGCAGGGCUUUUGAAGGGUAGUCAGGGCCAGAGAGACGUGCUGGAUCCUUGAAGAAAUGGGGACUUCUGGGAGUUUAUGGAUCAGAAGAGAGACGGGCUUUAGGGAAAUCGGAGCGAGGGGGGCAAAUUGGAGAGGGGGGAGACAAGAGUCAGAGACACCAAGUAGGAGGCUCUCCCACGGUCCAGGCGAGACGGGACGGAGGCAUGAACCGGACGGGAGAGACUGAGAAACAUGCAAGAAGCAUGGAAUGGAAAGGACAAGCUGUGGCAGCCUAGUCCUUCGCCCGCCUCCCCUACCUCGGGAUCCAGCUUCUUCCCUGCCCUCUCCAAGCCCGAGCUCAGUCCCGGAUGGCUAGGAAGGAGGGGAGGGCUCCGCGUUCAGGUGAUAAAGCUCCUCGUCCCCUCCCCCCCUCGGAGGAGCCCAGAGAUAUUUCCUGACUGUUAAGAACCCGCGCUGGCUAUUUCCUGUCUGCUUUCUUGGCCCUGGGCCAGCCCCUUCUAGUCCUUACUUGUGGCUUCCUCCACGUGGGUAGCCCCACAGCGGCUCCUUCCUGCUCCAGCCCCAACUCACCGAGAACCUCAGACCUGAGCUACAAGAAAAGAUGUCAUUCAGAUUUGGACAACAUCUCAUCAAGCCUUCCGUGGUGUUUUUGAGGACAGAACUGUCCUUUGCUCUUGUGAACAGGAAACCAGUGGUACCAGGACAUGUCCUGGUGUGUCCAGUGCGCCCUGUGGAGCGUUUCCGUGACCUGCAGCCAAAUGAAGUGGCAGAUUUGUUUCAGAUGGUCCAAAGAGUUGGGAACGUGGUGGAGAAACAUUUCCAGGGAACUUCGCUCACAUUUUCCAUGCAGGAUGGACCCGAAUCUGGACAGACUGUGAAGCACGUUCAUGUCCAUAUUCUUCCCAGGAAGGCUGGAGACUUUAGCAGAAAUGACAGCAUCUAUGAUGAGCUUCAGAAACAUGAUAAAGGAGAAGAAGAUUCCCCAGCCAAAUGGAGAUCAGAGGAUGAAAUGGCUGCAGAAGCAGCUGAGCUCCGGGCAUAUUUUCUUUAAAGAAGCUUCCAGAGAAGGAGACAUCUUGGAUAAAUCUCGAGGCAAGAGAAGUGGAUCUCGUACUCCAGGAUGUCAUCACAUCAACCAUGAUGCUGGGCAGGAUUGAUUACCCCCUCCAAAGAAUGCCACUUCCUCCUUGAUGUCCCCUUUUCUUUCUCACAGGCCAUUGUUGGGUGCAUGUUUCCAUCAGAAUGACUGACAGGCCCCCUUUCCUACCUUGGCUUUUCUCCUGUUGCUUUCCCCCUGGCUUUGCCUUUUAGACUGGCAGCUGUCCUUGGUCCUGCCCGGAAAUAAAGCAUUGUGAAAACGUC